GAGAGUUUCGUGCGAGUUUUGAGGUUGUCCUCACGACACUUACGCGUUUACUCUUUUCGUCGGUGUUCGUCAAACAAAUAUUAUAAACUAGAAAAAAUGAGUUCGCUUCUAGUGCCGGAAAUUCCAGCGCCUGGAUUUUCUUUCGACCUUUGUCAAAGAAAUGACUUGCUCGCCAAAAAAGGAUUCCCCGCACCGAAAGCUCAAAAAACUGGUACAACAAUUGUUGGCAUAAUCUACAAGGACGGAGUAAUUUUAGGUGCUGAUACAAGAGCUACAGAGGAUACUAUCGUUUCUGACAAGAAUUGUAGCAAAAUCCACUUUCUCGCUCCCAAUAUUUAUUGCUGCGGAGCUGGUACAGCAGCCGAUACAGAAAUGACGACACAAAUGAUUGCGAGCCAACUGGAACUCCAUCGCUUGAAUACCGGACGCGUCGUUCCUGUUUCAACGGCCAAUAUGAUGCUGAAACAAUUGCUGUUCCGUCAUCAAGGACACAUCGGAGCUGCUCUGAUCGUCGGAGGCACCGAUAUCAACGGGUCUCAUCUCUAUUCCAUUUUUCCGCACGGUUCCUCAGAGAAAUUCCAUUACACGACGAUGGGCUCUGGUUCCCUUGCAGCUAUGGCAGUUUUUGAAAGCAGAUGGAAACCCAACAUGACCGAGGAAGAAGGCAAGUGUUUGGUGGCGGAUGCGAUCCGUGCUGGUGUAUUCAACGAUCUUGGUUCCGGUUCAAACGUCGAUCUUUGCGUAAUUCGAAAAACAGAAAUUCGUGGAGUCGAUUUCGACACGCGAGCGGUCGAUUAUCUGCGUCCUUACGACGAAGCGAAUGUCAAGGGAAAAAGGUUGGGUUCUUAUCGUUACAAUCGUGGCACGACGGCUGUUCUUACGAAAGAAGUGCGUCCAAUAAUCGUCGAGGAGGAGACGGUUCGUAAAAUCGAACUGGAGUCGAUGGACACGUCGUCGUAAACAAAAUUUCCCUAGUUCGUGGGCAUCCAAUCUUUUUUUAAUGAUUCAUUUCUGCUAAUUAUUCAUUGUUCUUUUUCAGUGAAUUUAAUAAUAAAGUGAUAUUCGGUAAAAAUA